CGCCCUCCCUCCUUUUAACCGCUGCUACCAGUUCUCCCAAUUGAAGCCCGGUCUCCGAAGCCCACGACAUGUCACACGCCCUUCCAACACCGAGACACCGGAAUUCAACCUACUACACACGGCGGUAGACCUUAGGAACGAACAAUGGAAAUCGGCAGAGAGGUCCAACAACCGAAGACGUGCAAGUCGUGCGACCAAUGCCGGAACAGGAAGGUUCGGUGCACCAUGGUCGUGGUGCCAGGCGAGGCGAACAGGUGUACCCACUGCCUUAAGCGCGGUGAAAUCUGCCAGUUCAAAGACCUCAAGCGGAAACUACGGUUCCAAAGUCGUGACGAAGACAACACACAAACGUAUACAUCUCCAACCCGCCGGGAUGCCUCCCAGCAGCCCCAGGCUUUUUCUUUACUGCCGGACCCGGUUACGCUGGCCACGGAUGGCGCGCCACUGUUCAUCGACCAGUUGCUGGACCAGCACCCAGGGGCCGGCUCGUUGAAGGAUGAGCAUCCCAUUCUGAAGCAGUCUGGACAAUACGGUACGCCAACCCAUGCAGAGAUCCCCGACUUAGUGGAUGGUAAAAUGCCAAUGUGUGGUCUCGUCACAGUUUCGUCGUCCAGCUUAGCUUUCUGGUCCGAUGAUAUGAUAUCCAGUUUGUCGAAGCGCAUAGGCAACAACCGGCUCCGGGAGUUGGUCGAUGUAAUUGAGAGCAAGAUGCAGGAGCGCAUAUCGGCCCAGGGCGCAUUGCCGCCGGGAAAGAUUGCCUUCAAAAAACCGACCACCUCAGCGGUCGUACCUCAUGAUGUCGCGAGAGAGUAUGUGGAUGGUCUGUAUCCCCCUCAUACCUCAUGCCGUUUCAAUCGGACUUGUGCAAUCUGGCUUGCAUUUAGCGCCGCCCAGAAGCCCAAGUGCCGCCGCAAAACUGUGCAGACUAACACACCUAUCGCAACAGCCUACUUCGAGCACAUUCAUCCUGUGUACCCUUUCCUAGAUCAGACGGAAUUCGAGAAGAAGGCCUUCGAUUCUAGGCUCCCCCAGUUGUGGGCUGUUAACCCUUCCUUCUCGGCGCUGUACCACGCCGUGUUGGCCCUCGGAUGCCAGUACCGAGGCGGCGGGAGCUUUGACCCUGGGAAGGGAAAGGCAUGGGAUUUGUUUCAGGUGUCGCUAGGGUUAAUGGCGGACAUCCUGGUACCGCGCGAGAGUCUGCUGAACCUACAGGCUUUGGUUGCAAUGUCUAUCUUUGCGACGAACAUGUGCUGUCUCCAGAUAGACGAGGUGCUGCUCAUGGAAGCAACUCGCAUGGCACUAAGCCUCCGGUAUCACAAGAGCAGUAACAGGACCGCAGACUUAGCUGAUCAGACGACCUGCCACCGAACAUUCUGGGUCAUAUAUGCUAUGGAGAAACAAGUUUGUUUCCGAAAUCAUAAUACAUCGCUUAUCGCCGACUGCGACAUUGGCUGCCCCAUCCCCAAAUCCUCAGACUCCACAUUUGGUGACUAUGACUGGUUUUUCGCGUCCAUUAGAUUCGGCCGUAUCCUCAGUCAGGCCUAUACAUCGCUGUUCUCGGUCUCCGGUAGUUUGAGCACGCGCUCGCACCAUCACGCCGUUAUGGACCACAUCCAAGGCCUCAUGGAGGUCUGGCGGAUGAGCAUCCCGGAGGACUUCCGUCCGGGCACAGUACGCAUGAACCACAACAUUGUGGGCCCGAGUGCACGCAUGGUGUUCCUGCAGACUAGCUACAAUUACUACGCACUGGUCAUUGCCCUUGCUCGUCUGAGGUUGCACAUAGAAGCAAAUGAGCCUGGGCAGGAGGCAAGUCUGGAGGAGAACAAGAAAACGCUGAUGAACGCGGCACAAAUGAUUCUUGAGCUAACACGGUAUAUUGAUACGGAUGCCUACUCGCCCAUCUUCACCAUCGGUAUCAUGCCUCUCUCGGCGGUGUUUAUUCUUUUAGACUUCGUCAUCAAUAACCCCACCGACCCAGAGACGCGCACCAACCUCUCUCUCCUCGAUAUUGCAAGCGGGCACUUUAGCCUCCUCGAGCGCGCGUCCAGCGGUUCGUUGCUUACUUCGUAUAUCGCCGAAUUUGCACAAAUUGCUAGACAAUAUGUGAGGGAAUAUCGGGAUUCUGACAGCGGAAAAGACGCGCAGUCGGAACAGACGCAUGGGAAUAGUCUCGGAGAGAAGAGACAACGGGUGGGCGAGGACUCAGACUCUGGGCAGUGGAGUAGGGUCCCACAACCAGCAGCUGAGCGGCAACGCGAACCUUGCGACCUCCAUGGCCAUGAGCUCGCCGGUACGGUUGUUAACAUGGAUGCAAUGGUACGUUGA